ACUGAAGCCAGAUUGUUUUAACUAAAGAUGGAAACACUGGAGUCGGAAUUGACUUGUCCAAUUUGCUUAGAGUUGUUCGAGGACCCCCUCCUUCUGCCGUGCGCUCACAGCCUCUGCUUUAGCUGUGCCCACCGCAUCUUGGUCUCCAGCUGCUCCUCUGGCGAGAACCUUGAGCCCAUCGCUGCCUUCCAGUGCCCCACUUGCCGACAUGUCAUCUCCCUUAACCAUCGGGGCCUAGAAGGCCUUAAGCGCAAUGUGACCUUGCAGAAUAUCAUCGACCGAUUCCAAAAGGCCUCUCUGAGUGGGCCCAGUUCCCCCAGUGAGAACUACCGUGAGAGAACCUAUCGCCACAGCCCGACCAUGUCGACAGUGGUGGACCGGAUAGCUUGCCAGUUCUGCGAGCAGGACCCUCCCCGCGACGCCGUCAAGACCUGCAUUACUUGCGAGGUGUCCUACUGUGACCGCUGCCUGCGGGCCACCCACCCCAAUAAGAAGCCAUUCACCAGCCACCGGUUGGUGGAGCCUGUGCCGGACACUCACUUCCGGGGGCUGAUGUGCCUUGAGCACGAGAAUGAGAAAGUGAACAUGUACUGUGUGGCUGAUGACCAGCUCAUCUGUGCCUUAUGCAAACUGGUGGGGCGGCAUCGGGAUCACCAAGUGGCGUCCCUGAGUGACCGGUUUGAGAAACUGAAGCAAACUUUGGAGAUGAACCUCACCAACUUGGUGAAACGCAAUAGUGAGCUAGAAAACCAGAUGGCCAAACUGAUACAGAUCUGUCAGCAGGUGGAG